CAAGUCUCGACUCUCGACCUGCCAGAACCAGACUAGACAGACAAACGAAACAGACAACUCGGACGGAGGAGGGGACGCAACAGCAGGUUCUCCAUCACAUUCGCGUACAACAACGGAUCAAACGUACGGACAUCAGGACGAAAAUCUAAAGUCGCUACAUACACACAGGCAGUGAACUGCACGCGGAGAGUCUCUUGUGGUUUGGGCGGUGCGCGCGCGCAGGAAAAACCUCGAGGUUUUAUAGGCAGCAGUAUAGAGAGUAUAAACAGACAGAGUGUAUACACAGAUCGCGAUUCGCGUGUUUCACGUGUCAUCUCUCGAGUGUCGUCGUCGCGGUUCUCUCGCAUCAUCGGCACUUCUCGGAGAGCAUCAUCGAAGCAGCACGCCUCUGUAUAUCCGUCGCUCGGAAAUUCAGCGUUCUAUACUUGAUAUUAUACAGACGGAGAGUUGCGUAAUAUUGCGAGACAGACUCAGACAUCGAGCAGCAGCAGCAGCAGCAGCAGCAGCAGUCGCAUGCACACGAAGAGAGAAAGAUAAAGAGCGACGCGAGCAGCAGAGCAGUUUCUCUAUCCGCAUAGACCCGAGGGAGCAAAGCACGAAGCGUGUUCAGAGAGGAAGAAGGACGACGAAGGGAACGUGUGGGAAUCGCGCGCAGCAUCGAAACAACCGUAGGAGCAGCUCAGUCUCGCUCCUCUUCAUCUCGAUAGAAUAGUGGCAUGAGUCGAUUAAUCUAUGGCAGAUCAACAAGAUCAGUCGUCGUCCGGGGGGUCUGUAGAGAAGGCCAGUGCUUCAGCAGACGCCUCUAAGCUUAAGGGGAAGAGCUCAAGCAGUGGUGGCAGUAGCAGUUACAGAAAACGUCAAAAUAACAACGCUAUUCAAGUCACCCUAGAGGAAAAGAGACGCAGAUCAACGAUUGCUGACUCGCAACCCUUGCAGGGGUUAUCCUAUAAGCAGCAACGCCCUGUUGAGUUUUCCAAGGGAGAAGGUAGAACAAAAAAUGAUCGCAGAAGCAAUGGAGCUGGUUUAGAAUGCUUAUACGAUACAGAUUGGAGACAGCAGCAAAGAACGCACCAGACUAAUUACAACUCCAGUGGGAAUAACACAAGAAUACGCAGCUCAAAGAUUAAUUUAGUAGAGUUAAAUUCAGCGCCUAUCGACUGCGUCGCAUCACGCACGAGAUCCCGCACUCCUCAAAGUCCACAAGUUUAUACACAAGGACUCAACAAUACGUUAGACUCCACUCUGUCAAGUGGAUACGGAAGUAGUAGCCGGAAAUCAUCAUUCUCUAAUAACAAUUUGAGUCCAAGCACUCCUCUUUCAAGUCAUCCUUCAACAUCCAAAGGUAGUAGAGGCACGAAGAUGAGCGAAUGUCUGGAAGGAUUUGUGUCUGCUGUCAAAGCGCUUUUUCCGAUAUCAGCACAAACCUAUCAUCAAGAAGGUUCGAAAGUCCAGGGUGGCAGCGGCUGCGUCAACAACGUCAACGGCAGCUCGUCGGCUCUCGUCGGAAACUUCGUCGGGCCUAGCAGUAGCAGCGGCGGCGUGAGCAGCAGUUUAGGCGGCGCCGGAGUCAGCGGGCAGCAGGCGAAGGCCAGCAUCAGAGUGGGUAACGCAGCCAGCAACUCGGCGGAGAGCGGAGGCGGCGGGGCCUUGACGACGGCACAUGACGGAGGAGCCGGAACGGCGGGCAGCAGCGGCUACGCGGCACCGGGUGCCGCCGGCAGCAGCAGCGGCGCCUUAUCCGUCAGCGCCGCCGCCACCGCCGCCGUAGCCGCAGUGGCCGCCAGUAACGCGUCGGGCAGCAGUAGCAGCAGUAACGCCGCCGCCGCCGCCGGUAGUACCAGUAGCCUUGGGGGAGCACUUGCUGCCAAUCUCGCUUCUGCCGCAGCCGCAGCAGCAGCGGUGCACACGAGCAGUGCCCAUCCGCCGCCUCAGCACAAGCAUCUUUUGCGCUCACGUGUCAAGCUCAGCAACGAUCAGAUCAAGGACUUUGCCGCCUCCGGCCAGAGUCAGUCUGCCAAAAGUCAGAGCAAGUAUCACAAGAAGGACAUUGCUGCGAGUUCCGGCUCUACUUCUAGACAUCGUUCCUCGUUACGGUCCAGGAAAGCAGUAGCCGAGAGCAAUACAGGCAGUGGAGUUGGAGUCGGCGGUGGCUCAGGCACGGGCCUUACAAUGUCUGGUAGUGACUCGUUGACGAACAGCAGCGGCGGCAGCAGCACCGCAACGCCUACGUCGGUUUCAUCAUCAGCUGUAGCACCUAGUGGCGGUCAAGUGCCAUUGCCACCUAUGGCUGGUGGUGGUCCAGGUCCCGACGACGAGUCAGCGAGUUCGCAAGCAACUCCCACUGGGCUCAACGGCAGCGGUGGACCCUCGGGGUUAUCGGCAGGUACGGGAGCCGCAGCAGUAGCUACCGCAGCGGACAGUGAAAGCGACGACGGAGAGGUCGGCCGACUUCAAGCAUUGCUCGAAGCCAGAGGAUUGCCUCCACACGUCUUUGGAGCAUUAGGACCGAGAAUGCAGCAUCUGCUCAACAGAACCAUGGGCGCUAGCUCCGGUAUUUACCUGUCAAUUUCAGCGGCAAAAGCCCAGCAGCUGUUGCCGGGUUUGCAAGCUGUCGAUGACGAAGGUGAACAGCUUCAAGCAGUUAUCAGUAUGGGCGAAAUCCUUGUGAUGGGCAAUGAGGAUACCCUUACUGGCUUUCCAGUAAAGCAAGUGGUUGCAGCGCUUAUCAAUCUACUCAGCAUUGAGCACAACUUCGUGAUAAUGACGCACGCUUGUCGAGCCCUCACGUAUAUGAUGGAGGCGCUGCCGCGUUCGUCGACCGUCGUAGUUGACGCGGUUCCUGUCUUUCUUCAGAAACUCGAGUCAAUCGAGUGUAUGGAUGUGGCCGAACAGUGCCUCACCGCGCUCGCUAUGCUCUCUCGAAGACAUAGCAAAACCAUACUACAUGCGGGCGGCGUUUCAGCUUGUUUAAAAUUCGUCGAUUUCUUCAAUAUUACCGCACAACGCGCAGCUUUAACAAUCACAGCAAACUGUUGUCAAAAUUUGCAUCCUGAUGAUUUCCAUCUUGUCUCGGAUAGUCUCCCACUUUUGACAAGUAGAUUGACUAAUCAAGAUAAAAAGAGCGUAGAAUGUGUAUGCCAGGCAUUCAGUCGAUUAAUAGACAGUUUCCAACAUGACGAAGUCAUGCUGUACAAAAUUGUUAACGCUGAACUUCUACAGAACUUACAACAACUGUUGAUGAUCACGCCGCCAGUUAAUAGCAUUGGAAACUUCAUAACUGUACUACGAAUGCUUUCUGUGAUAUCUAAUCGCUGCUCAGACCUGGCGAUACUGCUUCUCCAGCAGAAUAUAGCAUUUACGUUAAGCUAUCUUUUGACUGGUUCUCUAGAUGUUAAGAUGGAAGAUGUAGAGUUGGUACCACGGUCGCCGCAGGAGUUAUUCGAAAUCACCUGCCUCAUUGAAGAGCUUAUGCCGCCGCUACCGACUGAUGGCAUUUUCAAUGUAGAUAGUUUACUUGAUAGAUCUAAUAAUCAACAAGAAACCGUACAGUGGGAGUGGCGCGAUGAAAGACAGUGCUGUCAUCCAUUUAGCACCAUCGAUUCUCGAAUCAUAGAGAUGGCUUUUCAAAAUGGAGAAGACGAAAUUUGCCUAUCCACGCUUGGACGAACUUACACGAUAGACUUAACUGUGAUGAAACAAAUUAAUGAAGAUAUCGGAGUUGCGAGAAGCAUAUUCCGUAGAGUUAACACUCAGCCCACCGAAGGGGAUAACGUACCUUCAUCAUCAUCCAACUCGUAUGUUGUUCCUCUGGUAGUCAAAGUUAACGAGUGGGUCGUGAGUUUCAUACGGACGCUAUUCUCAGUGUUAUAUGAGGUUUAUAGCAGUUCAGCUGGGCCAGCUGUAAAAUGUAAAUGCUUAAGAGCAUUACUCAGAAUGCUAUAUUACUCCUCAAGCGAUGUUCUCAAGGAAAUGCUGAAAAAUCAAGUAGUAUCAUCUCACAUAGCUGGCAUGUUAGCUUCACAAGACUUGAGAAUAGUUAUUGGAGCGCUUCAGAUGGGAAACAUUUUGAUGACUAGAUUGCCCCACGUUUUUAGAGUCCAUUUUCAUCGUGAGGGAGUGUUGCAUCAAGUACGUCAACUAGCCGAUCCAGAUAUUCCUCUUGGAGUAUCACCACCCAAGUGCUCUUCUGGUACAUUACCAAGUCCACAACCAGGACCAUCAAAUACUCCUCUAUCUUCCACCAUGACGUUGUCUUCUAGCAGUGCCACAUCUCCUGUCGCUUCUCCGACUACGAAUGGUAACAUUCUUUUCGGUUCGAUCGCUACAAGCCAAAUGAAGCCAAAUCUCGCUGCCACGAUGGAGACUCGCAGUAGAACGGAUUUAAGUGUCAACGUCGAAGAUUCAACUACGCCACCAAACGCUCACAUGAGAAUUGGUGAUGUACUCAAAAGAAAACGACAAAACAAAAAAGGCAGAUUUCCGCGUCUGGGCAGUGGUACACCUCAGCAGACUCAACAGCCCGAAUCCCUCUUUACGGGUUUCACUCCUAAGAAUAGCCGUUUUCUUGGCAACCUUAACCCAGCACGUUGGGGCAAGAAGUCAUCAUCACCAAACAGUGCAACUGAUAAGCGAGAUUCGAGUUCAUCAACAGGUCUAUCCAAACCACCAAGCAAUCCAAGCUUAACUGGCAGCAAUCGCGAAAAAGCUAAGGCUUGGGUGAGAGAAGAAGCUGUACAAUUUUUGACAAGAUAUCAAUUAGACGCUCCAUGUACGCAUCCAGCUCUCACUGUCUUAUCUAGACUUACCGCAGCAAUUCAGCAUUUGCAGUCUAAUGAAUUGGACGAAAUGUAUUCUGCACUUACUGAACUUCGUGAUGUUAUCUUGGAAAGUGACAUUUCCCCGUUUGAAAUGAAUCACAGUGGCCUGAUUAAAGCGUUGCUUAACUACCUCACUACGACAGAUGCACCUGGCAGUCGAUAUGAUCGUCUAAAGAUGUUUUGGAAAUUAUUCGCAGAGUCUACGUUGCAAAAAGAUAACAUGUCAGACUAUCAUCCAGGGGCAUUUGGUGCUCUAGUUUCAAAAUUAAGCAGUUGUGUUUCACAACUAGAACAGUUUCCAGUUAAAGUACACGAUUUACCAGCUGGUUCUGGAGCAGGUAGAGGUGGAACAAGCGCCCUUAAAUUUUUCAACACACACCAACUUAAGUGCAAUCUUCAGCGCCAUCCAGAAUGUAACAAUCUGAAACAAUGGAAAGGUGGCACUGUUAAAGUUGAUCCUUUAGCCCUUGUACAGACAAUUGAACGCUAUUUGAUGGUUAGGGGAUAUGGUAGAAUUCGAGAUGCAGAAUCCAUGGUCAGUGAUGAUGAUAACAGCGAAGACGAUAUAGAUGAUACUCUUGCGGCCGUAGUAAUUAGUCAAGGUUCAGCAAAGCACAAACUACAGUUUUUGAUUGGCGACGAAGUUCUUCCAUUCAAUAUGACUGUCUAUCAAGCCGUAAGACAGUUUAGCUGCUCAGGCAUUGAUCAUUCAGAGGCUGAUGCUGAUAGUGAACCUCCACUUGGCCAUGAUGCAGUUUGGGUUCAGACUCACACAAUAUAUUAUAGGCCUGUGCCCGAAGAAGAGACAUCUGCAUCGUCAAAACCGGGUUCUAGCUCACAAUCCAGUAGUCGCAAAGGCAAGGGUAAAAGUACAAAGCUCGGCUCGAAGAGGAAGGAGGAUAGCCUAUGGCUUGAAGGAACGAUACCUCAGCAACGCUGUCCAUUGACCUCAUUCUUGACUCCGAGUUUACCACCAGUGGUGACGAUAGGAGAUGCAUCUUUAGAUGGUUUAUGUUUAUUACGCCUCUUGUAUGCCCUCAAUCGCCACUGGGGAAUUCUUUUCCCACAUGUCAAGAGUGUCAAUUUGCUAUCUUCUCAAGAAUUUAUCAAUAGUAAAAUCGCGGCUAAAGCUAGUAGGCAACUUCAGGAUCCUCUAGUUAUUAUGACCGGAAAUCUGCCAUCGUGGUUACAACAAAUCGCUACAGUGUGUCCAUUCUUGUUCCCGUUUGAAACAAGACAGCUACUGUUCUACGCAACGUCCUUUGAUCGCGACCGAGCUUUACAACGUCUUCUAGAUUCAGCUCCAGAAUUGAGCGGCUCAGAUAGUCAGGAGCGUGUUACGCCAAGAUUAGAAAGGAGGAAACGAACCAUUUCCAGAACUGAUAUUUUAAAGCAAGCCGAACAAGUGAUCCAAGACUUAGCAUCAAGCAAAGCUCUAUUAGAAGUGCAAUAUGUUAAUGAGGUGGGAACUGGUCUUGGACCUACUUUAGAGUUUUACGCUUUGGUAUCGAAAGAGCUUCAGCGCGCUGAUUUGGAACUGUGGCAUGGUAGUUUAAGUCCUACAGAACAAGGCUAUGUACAUAUCAAUCAAGGACUAUUCCCUGCACCAAUUCCAUGGAAUACAAAAGUUUCUAAUUUAGCAAAACUCAAAACUAAAUUCAAAUUCUUAGGAAAGUUUAUGGCUAAAGCUAUUUACGAUUCAAGAAUGUUGGAUCUACCAUUCAGUUUAACUUUUUACCGAUGGCUGUUAGGAGAAGAAUCCGCACUGAAUUUGGCAGAUCUCGCCUUUGUGGAUCAAGAUGUGUAUCGAUCCCUUUGUAAAUUACAAGAUGUCGCAAGGCGGAAAGAAGUCAUUGAGCGGGAUCAAACUUUAAGACCUAGUGAAAAAGCUCAAAUGAUUGACGCAUUAGAUUUAGACGGCUGUCGAAUCGUUGAUCUUGGGCUCGCUUUCCAAUUACCUGGCUAUGACAAUAUUGAAUUGCGUAAAGGUGGCAGUGAUAUUAACGUUACGAUACAGAAUUUGGAUCAAUAUAUAAGGCUUGUAGUACAUUGGUAUCUCUAUGAAGGAGUAUUCAGACAAAUGGAAGCGUUUCGAGAAGGUUUCGAAUCCGUUUUUCCACCUACACAACUACGACUCUUCUUUUCAGAAGAAUUAGAAGCAGUAUUCUGUGGUCAUGCGCAAACUGGUGGUAAAUGGGAUAUAAAAACACUGUCGGAAUGCUGCCGAACAGAUCACGGCUAUACACCUGAUUCGCGUGCGAUACGUUUCUUGUAUGAAGUCAUGUCAGAGUACACAAGCGAAGAACAGAGGCAAUUCGUCCAAUUUGUCACUGGAUCUCCAAGGUUACCUGUUGGUGGCUUUAAGAGUUUAACACCUCCUCUAACGAUAGUGCGUAAGACGUUUGAUGUGUCGAUGAAACCAGAUGAAUUCUUACCAUCAGUAAUGACUUGUGUCAACUAUUUAAAACUGCCCGAUUAUUCUACUUUGGAUAUUAUGCGAGAAAAACUUCGAACAGCUGCUCAAGAAGGUCAACAUUCGUUCCAUCUUUCCUAGAAAUGGACAAGUACAUCGCAGUUUGUUCUUUUUUUUCACUUUUGGCUCUGCCUGGUGAAAAGCGUAAAAAGCAAUCCAAUAAAGAAAAGAUUAAACAAGAUAAUAGCAGAGACCAUACCGGAGACAAUGAAUCUUUUACACAAUUUACAAGAAUUUUUUCUUUUCAAACAAAUUAACAUCUUUGUACUUUAAUUAUAUUUUCUCGUUUAUAUUUCAUUUUAUUGAAUUCCAAUUUAGUGUUCAUUUUUGUACGUGUAACGAUUUGGAGUUGUGAUAUACAAUAAUUUUAUCCGAUAAAAGAGUGAACAGAGAGUAAGCAAGAGAUAUUUAAAAACAAAUGUGUUGGCUAUGGAUUAGAUAAACGUAAGUAAUGGUUUAUCUCUGGUGUGCGAGGGAGAGAGAGAACGAGUAAGAGAGAAAGAAUGAGUUGCAAGUAAAAUAAAAAAAUUGAAAGCAGCAAAGAAAGAAAACUUGUACAUAUGAAGUAUAUUAUCUCGACAUAGUUUGAUAUACACAAGUCUAUAUAAAUACUUUAUAUAAUAGUGAACGAAAAACAAAAAACGGUACCACUCUAUAUAAACCAAUACUAAUUGAACUGUAAGCUAAAGUAAGACAGAGGACGUUCGCUAGAAAUAAGUAAAAAAAGUUUUAUAUCAUCGAUGCAUCUCGCGUCUCCGUGCAUCAUCGCCCAUCUCCCAGCCGAGCGACAAUGGAGAGAUAGCGUUCUUCGUGGUGAUAAAAAAAGUAAAAAAAUUUAGUUAAGGCGUGUGCUACAUCGAGUUAGUACAUAAUUCGAAAAGGGCUUGAGAGGACGACCAAACCCAAACGUACAUAAUAUAAUUACAUGGUAAUGAAUGAUAUCGUGUCUCUUGUUCGUUGUUUUCUUAUUUUUGUCUCUUUCUGUUUUGUAUCGAUCUCUUGCGUAUAUACAUCGUCGUUGAAUUCUCUUACGAACGACGGAAGAAUAUACAAAAUACCACAUAACAUACACGAUGCACAAGCUAAAGUGCAACACCACUAUUUUUAAUUUUAAAAUGUAUUAUAACAAUUAUUAUUAUUUGAUAUUUUUAAUGUAGAUCAGAUAGUCUGGUUAUAAUUUAGUUAAUUAAGGAUGCGACCAACAUCACCAGACCUGAUUUUGUUACAUGCUGCACUUUAAUGAUUAUUAUAAUUAUAAUUAUAAUAUGAUUGUUUUUUUCAUCAAUUGAUAUUGAAAUUUAUUUUAUUUUAUUUUUUAUUACGAAUGGGUAAUGUAAUGUGUGCUUAGAUAUAAAUGUAUGUCCUUAUACUUAAAGCGAACUAAAUAAACGUAUUUUGUUUUGAACCAACUGAAGAAAAUAAAACAGCAUAGUCGCAUCCUUAAUUUAAUCAUGGUCUGAAGAUGUAUAACGGUAUUGAUUACACUUGGCAAUGUUAAUAAAUAUGUUAUUGUAUAGCCAUUAAAAAAAGGGACAUACAAUUAUUUUUACUACAUUCUAAUACAAAAUGAAUCUUUCAACGCAAAAGAAGAAGGCAAGAAGAAACGUACGCGUACAUACAUAUAGAAAAGAAAGAGGCAAGUGAUACAUGCGAACUGUUGUACGAAACGGGAAUUCUAGCCGAAGUAGAAAAUAUCAAAGUUACAUCAUAUUAAGUGCGUGUUGGUUCUGGAUUCGAUCCAAACCCAAUUUAUUAUUAAUUAUAAACGAAAGUUAUAUUUAUAUCGAUCCUUUAGCAUAAAUGAGUUUCAUUUUAUUUAA